AACAAAGAUUAAAUCGAACGUUCUACAAUAGUCAGUAUUUGACUUGAAAUUCUGAGACAAAAAUUCAAUUUUGUUUUGAAAUCUGUACUUAAAUUAUGGUCUAUACUAUGGAAUGCAAAUUGUUUUUUGUCAUAUCGUUACGACUUACAACAAGUGUGACUGUGCUUCGAGUUCAAUAUAUUUUCAAAAGUUUUCUUUUAUGAAAAGUCAUAAUUCUCAUUUUAAUCGAUUAUUUAGAUUUUGAUUUCUAAAAAAAACAAGAUUUAGAACAUUUAUGACUACAAUUUAGUCAUAUGAAUACAAAAGCUGAUUGAAAACAGUGACUCAUAAAAUGGAACUUUUGUCCCUUUGAACUUUUCAAAGCCAUACUACACAUUAAUGUUAGAUUUAUCGAAGAAAUUUACAAAAAAUAUAGUUUAGAACUUAGAAGUGUAAUUGAGGGUUCGAAGAAUGGGACUGUAGUAAAAGCUUCCACAGAUAUUAUGGAAUUUGAUAAUCUUUGACACUGUUCUGCUGGAUAUCAAGAGCAAAUUUUCAAUUAUUGUGGAUGUACACAUCGAACUUGACAUCUGUAGAAGAAUACUUUUUCGUCAUAUUGGUAUAAACUUAAACUUCAUUUUUUUCUUUUUUAGGAUCACACACAUGUUUCUUCGCUCUUGAUUUACCUGAAUAUUCAACGACUGAUAUAAUGUAUGAGCGUUUGAACUAUGCUAUAACAAAUUGUUCGAGUAUCGAUGGUGAUGGUAUGGUGGACGAUGUCGUCAAUCCAGUAAAUCUAAACUAUGAUGCAGAUUUUGUUGGACAACUACCAGCAUUUCUAGCAACACUUCUUGGAAGGAAUUCUUUUUUCAACUAA